AUGCAAUCAAUUGAUAACAAAACAAAUAAAUUGAUCAGCUGUAGCACCCUUUCGGUGCCUAACUGCCAUGCCACCACCAGAAGGAAGCACGAGGGCUGGGAGACUGCCAGGUUGUCCGAGCCUAGACAGGGGAAAUCAAGAGGCAGAGGUCGGGUUCGAACCACAAACCUUCCGGAUCGAACAAAUAAAUUGAUCAGCUGUAGCACCCUUUCGGUGCCUAACUGCCAUGCCACCACCAGAAGGAAGCACGAGGGCUGGGAGACUGCCAGGUUGUCCGAGCCUAGACAGGGGAAAUCAAGAGGCAGAGGUCGGGUUCGAACCACAGACCUUCCGGAUGACAAUAUAACGAAAUAUUUGCUGUGUGGCAUGGACAUUGAAUUAGGAUUAAACAUGGCGAAUGUCCACAUAUUUCGAGCUGAAUCAUUCGAAUCGAACAAGGUAAAUAAUAAUCAAUGCAAACGGAAGCCAAGUUUCACAGCAUCCAUGGAAAUACAUAAGUAUCAGGAAGGUCAGCUUCCUGAAAUUAACCACUGA